AUGAUGGUGAAUUCCACGCACAAACCAAUUUUUCAGCUCAGCCCUCCCCGUCCCUCAGCUAAUCACUGCCCCCUCCACCACCACCACCACCACUCGAGCCCCCUCCACCGCCACUACUCGAGAAACCACCACCUCCUCCUCCAUAGUCGGCUCCACUGUAUCCAUAGCCUCCGAUGCCCCCAUCGUCACCGUACCCAUCAUCACCAUACCCUCCACCACCACCCCCAUGUCUUCCAUAGUAAUGUGAACUACUUCCCCCAUGUCUCCCACCCCCAACUCGAAAGUUUCCCUGCCAGCCUGGUCGAGGGACGGCGCCGUUGGUGACGGUGCCU